UUUAAGAUUAAUACUUCGGUAAUUUACUUUAAAAAAAAAAUAUUUUGGUUAAUUUUUUCAAUUUUAAAWUACUAACAAAUCUUUAUAUUGAGUAGUUUUAUUAUUAUUUUUGAAUGUUUUUYGUAUAAUAAAAUGCCAAGCAGUGUAAAUUCUUUCCGAUCGACAUCGUCUUUGACGUAUUUACCUUCACCAGUAACACAGAGAACAUGUAUGACUGCUGCAGUGAAACGCUAUCGCUACUUGCGAAAGUUAUCAAACUUUAAACAAAUGGAUUUUGAAUUUGCACUUUGGCAAAUGACAUAUUUGUUCAUYAAUCCACAGAAAGUAUAUCGAAACUUUCAACACAGAAAAGAAACCAAACUACAAUUUGCUCGUGACGACCCUGCAUUUUUGGUGCUUUUGAGUGGACUACUAUGUGUUUCAUCAAUAGCGUUUACUUACGUUCUAAGACUUGGUUUCCUUGAAUUUUUAAAAUUUCUAUUAUAUAUUGUAACAGUUGACUGUUUGUUAUCUGGCGUCAUAAUAAGUACUGUGUUAUGGUUAGUAGCCAACAGAUAUUUAAUCAAGUCUAAUUACAAAGGACAAGAUGUUGAAUGGGCUUAUGCGUUUGAUAUACAUUUAAAUGCUUUUGUGCCAACAUUAGUAAUAUCUCAUAUUUUUCAAUUGUUUUUCUAUCACAUAUUUCUCAAACAUGAUUGGUUCUUACCGUUAUUUAUUGGCAACACAUUAUGGCUUAUAGCUAUUGGUUAUUACCUGUAUAUUACAUUUUUAGGAUACAGCUGUUUACCAAUCCUACAAAAAACUGAAGUAUUAUUGACUCCAUUUAUUCUGCUGUUUUUUUUAUAUAUAUUGUCGUUCGCAAUAAAUUGGAAUAUAAGCGACAAUGUAAUGUCCAUAUACAAAUACAGAAUUCUAUAAAAUUUAAAUAAAUUAUGUAUUCUUUUU